AUGCCUGAAGAUUACAAUAACUUGCUUCAAAAGGUCGUCGAGGCGGUUAAAGGUAUCGACGCCCUUCCUGUUUCAGACUACACCAACAGGGUGCAUUACAAGUGCUGCUUUGCCCAACGUGCGGCCGAGUUUAGGGACAAUAAAACACUCAAUUAUGGCACUCCCUGGCCCGAUGAUGAUCCACGGCCCUCAGGGCCGCAUCUGAACGACCAGAGUGUUUCUUUCCCUCUCUGCCGUUUGAUUGACGGUACUAUUCCGAGGGCUCUGGAAAAGACCCAGUUCGCGAAUCGAGUCAAUAAGGAAAACGCGAACAAAGUCUUGAAUGACCAGAUUGUCCGGGUGGCGACUCUCUGCUACUGUGAACAUGUCACCCGCAAACUGGCCGCAGCCAAGGUCGAGGCUCUCAACAAGCUGCGAUCGUAUAGCGGCUUUGGGGCGUUCAUGAAAGACCGACUGAAGAAGAAGCCCUUUAUACAAGGCGUCAUCCGGGAUGACGCUCGUAAUGGCAGCCAUAUAUACAGCAUGACCCUGCUUUUUAUUGCCGACUUCCUUGACCGGGGUGAUUUAGGCAUCCCUGCCUUGGACGAUGGAUUUGUGUUUGCGCCUAGUCUGGAUAUUCUGGGGAUCUGGUCGAAGACAUUGUGGGAACUUGAUGGAAAAGAGCGCAUGGAUCAGACCGUCAAAUUCUGUGGUCGACUGGCAACUGCUGUGUAUUCGCCCGGCUUGGGGGAUACGCGUCAGCCUCGUGAGACCUACACUGUUACCACGAAGCUGUACGAGAAGCUUCUUUCAGGAAAGUCAGUGAAGGAUCCCUACGUCAAGGAUGCACAAGAAAGCCUCAAGAAGCUUGUUGAAGAUGAUGCAAAUGCGUGGAAGUCGUCUUACUUGCUGCUGUGGAACUCAUGGAAUUUCACAGCGUAUCCACGUUGGCGUGAUACUAUCCAGAAAGAAUUGUCUAUAAACAAUGGCCGUGCCGUGGGCUAUUGGAUUACCGACGGCGUUAGCUACGAAGACCAAAACAGUGUUCCUGAUCAUCUGCGAGUUUUGCGCAAGGAAACCGCAAAUGGCUCUCAUAUCGUGGCUGGAACUCAGAUUGCCCUUGUUGAUAGACAAUCUGUUCCAGUUGAGGAACUGGUCCCAGGGGAUCAGGUGCUGUCUCUUGCUUCUGAAGACGGUCCGAACCAGUCAGCGCAGGUAUCAGACAGCAUGUUUCCUCAGCAGGCCACCGUGCCUUUAGUGGGAUUCAAUAAUGGAGACCCUUUUGCACCGACUUGGCAGGUCUUCCAUACCACAACUGGGCUACGCGCGGUCGACCCUGAAGCAGCCAUGCAUCAGAAUCCGUGGCUCAAGGUUGGUCGUUUGUUAGCGGGACAUAUAGUCUACCGUUUAAAAGGGAACAAUGAUAAAGCCAAGAACAUGUACGAAAGGUUUUCGAUCAAGUCCAUUGAACGGACGACACCAGUCCUAAGGACGGUAUACGAACUCCGCCUCCAUGAUGCUGUCCGUCUGCAUCACUCUAAUGGCUUCCUGGUGCAAGUCAAUUUCCCUGAAAUUACCGUGGACUAUGUGGCAAGUCUGCUGAAGGCCUUGCCUGCGGCAAAGCGAAUGACUCUUCUUUAUGCCUUGGAGGAUCUUCGGCCACUAUUCGAGCGAUUCGGGGCUAGCUCUAUCGCCGACCGCCUUCAUGCAGAGAUUUAUGGCGGUCGGAGAUAUAAAAAAGGCCCUUUGAGGGGCGUUCCGAAGCCCAAGUUCCAGCGGAACGCUUCCCUGACCAACGUGACGAGAUCAUUCAAACUCAAGUCAACGCAGGGCACACUUUCCAAAGUGGCACUUGUGGAAGGCUUUCUGUUGUUGGAUGGGGAAGUUCAGAACAGGGCCACCUUGGAUGAGCAAACUAAUACAGUUCGUUGGACUAGGAAAGUCACGGUGCCAGACGGUAAAACAAAGUAUGAAUUUGGCAUGUUUCGGCUCUACUCCGCUGGACGUGGCGGCAAUGGGCUCCUGUUUUAUACUAAUGAGCCGAACCCCAAGAAAGUCCCCAAAGAUAAAGUCAUCCGUUUUAGAGCCGCCUCAAACCAAAAUUCCAGGGGUCUUGAUGAUACCGCUGGAGAAACCUCUCCAGAGGACCAAGGUGAAGCAGAAGAGGGCUCAAUCAUGGAUGAAAAAUCAGCACCACGGAUAAACUUUGCCAACGACUACGCAGUGAAAGUUGAUAAAACCAUCUGGGAGAAAGGCACUUUGCUGGAGAAGCCACGAGAUCCGGUCAAUUUUGGCAUCAUAUCUCUGGGGACAGAAACCAUGGACGAUGGAGUGGAGAUCCCUGUGGUAGCCAUUCCAGUCCUAGACCAACUUCAGCAAGAAAUCAACAAGGUGUCCAAGACCAAGAUCGGGAAGCUAUAUACGUCAUACGAAUGGGAUUACUCGCCACCUGAUGAUAAAGACAAGACCGUUCAUCGGACAAUCGUGGAGUUCAACAAUGCCGCGUUGCUGCCGUUCAUCACGGACGGCGGUCCAGACUACAAAACAUUUGGCCUCACCUUCAAUAAGACACUUCAAUCUGCAUUCCGAUUGCCAGUACUCUUCCACUCACUUUAUGUUGAAACGAGUUGGGAUGAAAUGUCAUUGACGGGCGCACUGUACGAGUAUGAUCCCCAAUAUCGCGGGAUGAAAGGGAGUCGGCAUCUUCUCGUCGGCGACUACGCCGACGACGAUUUCAAUCUCAAAGCACAGCGUGCAAAGAUAUCCAAGGCAUUCUCCGACUUCGCGAAGCCAGGCGUCCCUAUCCAAAGGGAUCCUCACCUCCAACCUCCAGCAGUAACAAAAGAGCUAACAACCAUGAGUGCCACGAAACUACAAGAUCUUAAGGAGUUGCCCAAUUAUAAGGAAGCUGCUGUUCACAGUGCGACACAGGAUCUUGUCCAAAGAAUGGUCUGGUGGCACAUGGACGCAAGCCAAAGACAAACAUUCACCACUGCAGAUAAGCCGCCAGAUGAGGAUCUCCCUAGGGAGCUAAGGGAGAAUCUGGAUCCCAAAUUAAAGGAAUUCAUUCGCAACAAGUACGGCCCUGCGUUUAUAUCGCGGUCGAUCACGCAGAUCCGACAACACAAGGAUAAAUUCACGGAAGAGGAACGAAAAAAGGUUUGGUACUGGUGGGAAGGAAGUGGUCCGACAUGUCUUUCGCGGUCCAAAGAAUUCCAACAGCUGAACAAUCUAGCUUCGAUCCAUGCGAUGAGAAAGCUUCAUUCAGAUACUUUGGACAAGUAUCUACCAGAAGCGCAAAAGUGGGCGGAAGCGCUAUUGGAUCAUCUAUGCAAGCCACCCGUUCUCAAGAGCAUUAUGGGUGAUCGAAUUUCAGGCAAGCUUGGAAAUAUUGUCAAUAAGGAGUGUUGCAUCUUGAACACACUAGCACCUAACAGUAACCUCCCCGACAAAUGGUUCAAAAAGAUGAUCAGCUACGCUUCCAGUCAUAUGACAAAUAUUCCAGACAUAACCGAAGAGGUUAAAGAUUGGCAAAGGCAGUGGCUUUACGGAAUAAUGGAGGAGCUAAUCUUCAGAGUUCUAUCGAAUGAUGACUCUAUCGUGAAAGCGGUCCGAGAUGGUCUUGAGGAAGACCUUAAAGAGUUCGAAAAGGCAAAUAACCUCAACAGUGAGCUAAACGCAAAAGAUCGUGCCAGGAAUAUCAUGGAGAAGCAGUCAGUGCUUGCUUUUGAAUCAGCAAACUGGCUCUCUGCGAUUGGCAAAAGCCUCGCCCUUAUCCCCAAAGCCUUUAGCGGCACACGCCUUUUCCAGUGGUUCGGUAGGGCAUUCGGCGAAGUGCUGAAUAAAGUGGGCUCUAAAGUAGCUGGAGCGAAGUUUAUGCUUGGGGUGACAGUUAUAUCGAUGGCUUCGUACAGCAUCGGCCAGAUCUACAACCUUGUAGGCGCCAUUGUAGACUGGAACAAUUUGAAUGGCUCGCAGCGUGCAGUUGUAAUCCUGGAAACCAUUCGAACUGUGGUCACAGCCCUAGAUCAAGUCAAGGAUGCGUGGAACAGAGUCAAGACAAAGACCGGCACACCCACUCAAAUAGCGCUAGACGAGUUUGUUCUCGACAGAUCGCUCGGGAACGCUAUAGAAAGCGACCCAAAGAGAAUCUCCAAUGUUGCGGACGAAGUUCAUGGCCCACAUGGGCUACAGGAAGGAGUUUCAAAGAAGGUGAACGGCGGUGGUCUACCAGCACAUGAUGAGGUGAUCAAGGGAGACGGCGAGCGAUGGACGGAGAAGAUCAAUGAACCACCAGGAGAUGUGCCACCCGGGGCCAAAGACGAUGCAAAACGAUUUAGCAUGCAGGGCAAAUGGCUGCAAUGUUUGAACGUUAUCCUGGGUCUCGGUGUGGGCGUGGCAAUGACGUUCAGUUUGGUCCAUGAUUGGGAUAAUCUAACAGACGUCGGAAAGGUCAUCAACACAUUGUCAGUGGUGGUGCAGUUCCUUACGGUUAUUUUGGACCUCGUCGAACUUGGAGCCGCUGUCGGGCUAUUUGUUCUCACUGGGACAAUGGCUGUUGCAAUACCUAUUAUCGGAGCAGUACUGGCGGUUCUGGGUAUCGUCCUCACGAUCAUCGGAUUGUUCUUCAACCUAUACAAGAAAGAAACACCGCCAGACCCCGUCGGGGAUUUUAUCAGGGACACAGCGCGACCCCUGGUAGCCAACUGGGCCUCACCUCCGGGGCCCAAACUGAGCUAUACAUUGAGUCCGACUUCGGUCGCCUCCGAUACGACGAGCACCGUCACAAUCACCGGCAAGAACAACAACAGCAAAGAAGUCAAAAUUGUCGACACGCGUAUAAGCCUCCUCGGUGGUGGUGACGAUCCAUGUUUAUUCCAGGACAUGAAGUUCAACCUCGUCGCGGAGACCGCCUCUGAUAGGCAUAAUGCUGGUAAAUCCUACGUGUCUCCAGCUGGUGUGGUCAAAGCCAAUCUGAGUUCGACCCAACUGGCAAAGGCCGACCCAGAGUACUGGCAAUUCGAACACUGGGUGGCGGGUGCAAUCGAGGCAUCUGGUCAUUUAAAUAUUGGAGCGGGCAAGUCCUUUACAUCUGUCUGGACGGGAUUAAUUAAUCGGGUAGGAUUGAGCGUCGUUGAAAUCAUCGAGAAAUUUGAGGAUGGGGAUAAGGCGUACUGCCUUUUGGAAACUAGGCGGGUGUGA